UCGCAUGUGGGCCCCGCGUUUCGAUUCGGAAGCUUCCAGACGGUUGCCAACGAGACGAGAGGAGAGGAGAGGAGACGAGACGAGACGAGACGAGAGAGGCGAGGAGUGCGCGAUGACGAGGGGAAAGCAGAAGAUCGAAUCGCAGAGGAAGAACGCGGAGAGGAACCAGAAACCGAAAGGUUCCCAGCUCGAGGCGAGAGCGGUCGGUCUCAAGGUCGUCUGCCCCAUCUGCAAGGUGCAACUUGCAAAUCAUAAUCAACUCGUCGACCAUUACAGCUCAAAGCAUCCAAAGGAGAAGCCUCCCAGCGAAUCAGAGUGAUUCAUCUUCAAGUUACGUCCGAAGAUUGAAAAGUUACACUUUAUGUUCCACUCGAAAGCGUUUGUCAACUUAAAUUGAAACUUCUGUGUGCGUCUAUCUAUAUUCUCUAUUUUCAUUUUCCUUGGAGAACCGUUAUGGCAUUGCUCUUUGCUACUGGAUAAAUUUCCUCUGCUUAAUAAUCUGUCAGUCUAUUAUAAGUCAAUGAAUUGUUUUAAUCCCAUA